CAUCUGAUCUGCUCUGGUUUUCUCAGGCAUUCCUUGUGAAGUUUACCCAUUGGGUGACGGACUGAGACGUUUUGGAAGUGCAUCCCGAAAUAAUCUAGUGAAUCCUGGAGAUAAAUUAAGUUUUUUUUGUGGAGAUGACUAUGACAUGGAGGGUUCUGAUGAAGUUCAGUGCUUGGACACGGGGAAGUGGGAUACCCCGUUUCCAAACUGCUCUGAGAAAUGCAGGAAACCAGACAUACCCAGUUCUGUUCGCAUCACUUCAUCUGUACAAGGCAAUGCUAUAAGUAAAGGAGAUACAUUGUCAUUUGACUGUCGUCAACAAGACCACAUCAUGCAAGGGAGUUCAACAAGUAGCUGUUUGGGAAACGGAAAGUGGAGCACUCCACCGCCUGAGUGCACAACUGCUGUACAUUGUUCAGCACCACCACCUCUUGAAAAUGGAGAUACCAAAUUAUUCAACAGAUCAGAUGCAGAUUAUCAAACUGGUGACAGAGUUGAAUAUAUCUGUCAGAAUAAGUACACUAUGGAUGGUGACCCAUUCAAAACCUGCGACAAAGGUGUAUGGAAAGGAAACAUGAGAUGCCUGAGUAAGUUAAAUUUGAACAUUUCAUUUUGCAUUCUGAUAUUUCUGCUGUUCCAGUUCUUUACUUAA